UCUCAAUAAUAAUAAAGAGAUAUAAACAGUAGAAUAAGGGAACAAGUGAAUAAUUACAAUAAAUAUAAUAGUGCCUUACUUAGAUGUUUAUUUAAGACGAACGGAAGAAAACAAAACAUAAUCACGGAGACAAAAUGCCAAAAAAUUUGUUGCUCUUCAAAAAGUUAAUACCUGAAUUAAACUUCGCUAAAAGAAAUCUCACAUCCCCGCUUGGCCGGAAUAUAUUUAUCAGUUAAUCCCAAAAAAACUGGUGCUUAAAAAUCAACAAAGUUGAAGAAACAAUAAAAGCAAAAACAAACAAAAAAAAAAUUGGGAGUGCCAUAGUUUUUUCGAAGAAAAAUUACUAAUGGUUUAAAAUAACACACACAAAAAAAAAAAACAAAAUCAAAACAGUUGCCUUACCGACAAAGUCGAACAAAAAACAUUUUUACAAAAAAGAAAACAAGAGAAGAAAUUUGAAAUCGAUUGGAACACCAACCGCCUAGUGAUAGUAGUGUCGAACGCAAUGCGAAUUCGAUUCGCGCGCACACAAAAUCAUUGGCCGAAAGUGACUUAGAAGAAAAAAAACUUUUUGACAACUCAAGAAAAAGAGGAAAUUAACACGGAGAAAAAUUCAAAGAUCUUUGAAAUCAUGAAUAGCAAUCAGUUCCACGAUUUGUUUGGAUCGCAGUGGCCCCCAGAUCAGCACGGAGGUCACUCGUCGGCCUCCACUAUGCUGCACCAAUCCCAGGGUUUGCCACAAGGCAUGCAGUUGAAGAGAGAGCCCCAUACUGAUGUCCAGCCGGUCAUGCACAAUCCGAUGGGCAUGGAUAUUACUUCAGGGUCUGUGGCGGACAGCACAUCACCUCCGCCUGGUAGCAGUGACGGAAUGUUUGGAUCAUCAAUGCCUGGCAUGUUUAUGGAUAAGAAAGGACCUAAUUCCAUACGAGCUCAAAUCGAGAUAAUACCAUGCAAGGUGUGCGGAGACAAGUCAUCAGGAGUCCAUUAUGGUGUGAUCACCUGCGAGGGAUGCAAGGGUUUCUUCAGAAGAUCGCAGAGCACAGUGGUGAACUACCAAUGUCCGAGGAACAAAUCCUGCGUGGUAGACAGAGUAAACAGGAACCGCUGCCAAUACUGCAGAUUACAGAAAUGCUUGAAACUCGGAAUGAGUCGAGAUGCGGUGAAGUUUGGACGUAUGUCGAAAAAGCAACGCGAGAAAGUGGAAGAUGAGGUGCGAUUCCAUCGUGCACAGAUGAGAGCGCAGACUGAUACGGCGCCUGAUUCAGUUUACGACGCCCAGCAACAGACACCGAGCUCAAGCGACCAGUUCCAUGGUCACUACAACGGAUACCCGGGCUACGGGUCUCCGCUAUCAUCAUAUGGGUAUAACAACCCUCAGCCUCUUCAGUCCAACAUGGGUGGAAUCCAGCCACAGCCUGCCCAACAACAGCCCUACGAUGUCUCUGCAGACUACGUCGACUCCACAACAGCAUACGAGCCGAAACAAACUGGAAGUUUCCUGGACCCGGAUUUCAUCAGCCAUGACGACCAACAAAAAGGGACAACAAUAGUUCGACCGUCCGGUUCCACAUCGACCUCGACGGCCACCACAUCAACAACUUCAAUGCGACAGUCAACAAUAAACGAAAUACCACGAUCAAGACUUCAAGAGUACGAUCGCUACGAGGAAUCCAGAAUCCAGUCCCCUGCAUCAAUUUCCAGCGGCGUAUUAAAUAUAAAGCAAGAAGUAAAACCAGAAACGUCAAUGGGUGUCGAUAAUAUAGUACCAAGUUACGUGGACUCCACUACAUUUUUACAUAGUCCAUCGAAUAUACAACACAGUCCGAUGGACAUCCAGAAUUCAGUGUUAGUCAGUGGGCAUAAUUCUGUGUCGAUGACUAGCGAUGACCUGAGUCCAGAUGACUUGACGUCAAGUAGUGGGCAUGGCCGACUGAUGGAUCCGCUUAACAUGAACAUGUCUGGGAUGGGCAUGGUGAAUCCCAAUGCCGUCUCCAGAAGAUCUCAAGGCACCAGUCAUAGUUCGAAUGAUGAUAUGCCGUCGGAGGGUGAUAUAAGCAAGGUCCUGGUGAAGAGUUUAGCUGAAGCUCAUGCGAACACCAACCCCAAAUUGGAGUACAUUCACGAAAUGUUCAGAAAGCCACAGGACGUAUCUAAGCUCCUAUACUACAGUUCAAUGACCUACGAGGAGAUGUGGCUUGAUUGUGCUGAUAAGUUGACGGGAAUGAUACAAAACAUCAUCGAGUUCGCAAAACUGAUACCUGGCUUCAUGAAGCUGACUCAAGAUGAUCAGAUCCUGCUUCUGAAGUCUGGUUCGUUCGAGUUGGCUAUUGUCAGACUUUCUCGAUUGAUAGAUAUAAACCGUGACCAGGUUUUGUAUGGAGACGUGGUGCUGCCUAUCAGGGAAUGCGUGCAUGCACGUGAUCCCCGUGAUGUGGCCCUUGUGGUGGGUAUAUUUGAGGCGGCGAAGACGAUCGCUCGACUCAAGCUGACUGAGACUGAACUCGCCCUCUACCAAAGCCUUGUGCUUCUGUGGCCAGAGCGGCACGGUGUCCGCGGUAACCCCGAGAUCCAGUGUUUGUUUAACAUGUCGAUGGCGGCGAUCAGACACGAGAUCGAGUCGAACCACGGGCCUGUCAAGGGUGAUGUCACAGUGCUAGACACACUGCUCAAUAAAAUACCCAACUAUAGAGAGCUCGCGCUGAUGCACCUGGAGGCGCUGUGUCGCUUCAAGGCGGCCCACCCCCACCACGUGUUCCCCGCACUCUACAAAGAGCUGUUCUCACUUGACAGUGUCCUCGACUACACCCACGGCUAGGCCCACAAGGCCUACCCCCAGGUUUCUCUCAGAUUUCGUUAGAACGAUCUCAUUUUUGCCCAACAUAGCUGGACGGUGGC